AUGCGGCUUGGAGACCCCAGCUCCUGUGACCUGAGUCUGUCUGCCCCCAGCCACACCUCCCCGCCCCUUGGCCCUUUUCUCCUCCACAAAGAAGGACAGCUGGGCGCUCAGAGCAGUGACAAGUCCCUGGAGACGGACUGCCAGGACUUCAAGGGCAGGGUGCCACCUCCAGCUGGGGCACCCAGAUGCCGUCAAGCCCCUUCUGGCCAACCCCACCAGGACCCCCACGACUGCCCUUUGCUUUCCCUGCGGCCACAGUGGUGCCCCCUCACAACAAGUCCAGUGGAUGCACAGGAGUUACGGUCACGGUCCCGUCCCCCAGACCACCUGGCAUCCUGCACUGAAGCCGCUGCCCUUGCCGGGGCCGCCCCGCCUGGUGGCUGCCUGGCCAUCGCGUCGGCCCACGUGGCCAGCCCGAGGACCUCUGCAAAGGCCCCCUUUCCAAGUAAGGUCACGUCCACAGGUACCAGGGGUCAGGACUUCAGCUUGUCUUCUGGGGGGACCCAGAACAGACG